AACGCGCCAGCUAACACUCGUAAUGUAUCCGUUUCUUUUAAUGCGGUCCAGAUAAGUAGAAAUUAUAUAAACGCUUGUAGAUACAGCUCCGUGAUGCUGCUUCAUAACUGACUGAACAUGUGUCAUUCAGGCGGUGGAUAGGUGAGUUUAUUUAAUGCUAUGGCUGCUGUCCUUUUUAACGGAGGACAAACUUUGUUAGCCAGAUGCUAACAGCUGACACUGACAGCUGGAUGACUUCUGGUUCAAAAAGCUGGUCCGGAGUGCGACGCAGGGGCACAAUUUCUACUACAGCUUGUGAUGUCUGUUUCGUUUUUUCCACUGAGGGCUAAAUUGAUUAUUUAUAGAAACCGAGCGAAGCUAACGUGAAGGUUAGCCGGCUAGCUGUGCCACAAGGUUCCGCUGUUGUACCUCGCUGCAGCCGGCGUGUUGAGUGGUGAUGGACGUCGGUCUCCAUGGGAAUGCUCGCAAGGGGUCACUGUAAAUAUUAAAACAUGGACUUUUUAAAUCAAACUAGAAUGGCUUUCAUCGGUCCCUGACGUCUUUUAAACAGGUGGUCUUUGCUGAGUUCAACCAGACCAAACCGGAAGCGUAAAGGUUGAAACUGGACUCAUCCGGAUCAGCAGCAUCCGCUUCAAAGAUGGAGUUGGCAGCGCGGCGAGAUGAGAGGGAGGUGAAAGAGGGCAAAAUGCAGGAAAAGCAGGAUUCUCAGAGCCGAACCCCAGGCGGCCUGGGGAAGGCUCACCCAGCUCUCAAAGCCUUCAUGUGCGGCUCCCUCAGCGGCACCUGCUCGACGCUGCUCUUCCAGCCUUUGGAUCUGGUCAAGACACGGCUGCAGACCUUGCAGAACAACGCCAAGCCAGGCACACCAAAGGUGGGAAUGUUCACCGUCUUCAUCAACGUUAUCAGGACAGAGAGAUUCUUCAGUCUGUGGAGGGGAGUUUCACCUUCGUUUGUUCGCUGUAUCCCUGGGGUCGGGAUCUACUUCAGCACCUUCUACUCCUUGAAGCAGCACUUCUUUCUGGACCGAGCCCCGAACGCCGGGGAGGCGGUUCUGCUUGGAGCCGGAGCCCGGGCUGUGGCUGGAGUCUGCAUGCUGCCGUUCACCGUCAUCAAGACUCGCUUUGAGAGUGGCUUCUACAACUAUGCAAGCGUCCCCGGCGCUCUGAGGAGCAUGUACGAGACCGAAGGCAUCAGGGCUCUGUUCUCAGGGCUCACCGCCACACUGCUCCGAGACGCUCCUUUCUCCGGCAUCUACGUCAUGUUUUACAGCCAGGCCAAGAGGGCGCUGCCUCAGGAGGUGACGUCCACGCCGUACGCCCCUUUAGUGAACUUCAGCUGCGGAGUCGUGGCCGGCGUCAUGGCGUCGCUGGUCACGCAGCCUGCGGACGUGGUGAAGACUCACAUUCAAGUCAGCCCAUCCAGCUGGAGCACAGCAGACGCUGUACGCUACGUCUACACGGAACACGGCAUGGCUGGGUUUUUUCGCGGCGCCGUGCCCAGGUCUCUUCGGCGCACUCUGAUGGCUGCSAUGGCUUGGACUGUCUACGAACAGCUGAUGGCUCGGAUGGGCCUCAAAUCAUGAAGGAGAAAAUGAGGGCGAAGCCUCUAAAACCAAGAAAGACUGAAUAAAGCUAAAAUGUUCACCAAAAGGUCGAGGAAAAACGCCGAUGAGCCCAAAGAACAGCGGGCACUGCCAAGACUCUGAGCAGAGGAAGCARGUUGAUUGAAGUGAAAAACGGAGCGUGUGUGUUAAUUUAAAUGUUUAAAUGUUGGAAAGUGUGUGUUUGUGACGUUGCACCUCUCUCAAACCCGUCUUGGCGUGUAGUGACUCCCUGCUGUGAAGUGCGUUUUUUAAAUCCGUUUUAAUGUUUCUGCUCCUGAUGGAUGAUUACCUCUCAGAGAAAAAGGAGCGGUGAGUCUUUGUGGGACUUGUCGGCUUKGAGUUGGUGUUUGUAAAACGUAUGAGGAUUACAGGGUAUCCAGGGAGCUGACGAAGCACUGAAGAGAAGCACUCCGACCUCYGCCAUAUUUUUAAAACUUGUAUACGACCGUUUAUUACCUGCUGACRUGCGGUUAUUUAAAAAGGGGAAAUCUGUGGCUUGUUUCAGACAAUCACACGUGCUCGCACAGCUGCAUUAUGGGCAGAUAAUUUAAGCCACUCCAGUAUUCACAGUGCAGCCUUGAGUCCAAAACAUUUGCCUAUUUAAACUUUAAAUACAGCUUCAGACUCAGCAUAAUGAACUCAGAUGUGCUUUUAAAGAAACAAUAAUAGUUCACAUCUGUAGUUAAAAUACACUCAAACAUGUCCUCUCUGUGAAAGAACAAGUUUUUUUUUWACAUUUAGAUUUAUUUUUCUGAUUUGUCUGUGUUUCCGGUCAGGUUGUUGGUUUUGGACUUUAUGAAAAGAUCCCAGUUAAACCUGAGUUAAUGAAUGUUUUAGCUAAACAAAACGGUGAACAMAAGUUUAAGUUUGUACAUUUUCUUGCCUGCUGAUACGUGUAGAUAUUGUUAGCUAUUUAUUGAURAUAAAAAAAACAAUGAAUAAAUAAUCCUUUAAGAAGGAAAAAGAUAACAUUGCCGUUUGUCAUGUUCAACACAAAAACACAGGGCUCAUUGUGAUGACAUCAUUGGAGCAUAAACUGCAGCAGACAGUAAAUCACCUCCAUCAAAUGCUGAAGGAAGGAGAAAAUAAAAAAWAAUAAGAAUAAAGACAAACAUUCAUCUGCAACAGGGGUAUCUGAUCCUGGGCCUGAAGCUCCGCUAUCCUGCAUUUUGAAGAGGUUUCUCUGCCCCGUCACACCUGAUUUGAAUGAACAGGUGAUUAACAGGCAGAACACGAAGAGGUGAUUGAGUCACCUAAUCAGCUCCAUGAAAAAACAAAAUUGCAUCAUUUACUGUCACGAUAAGAAAUGCAGGUUUAUGUUCUGACUGCAGGAGAAUCUGAUUUGCUUCUCAAAUCAUAUCUUCAGGACGGAUUGUCCACACGSUUAUCUGGUCGUAGGAGAGCUGGUGCCCAUCACCAGCAGGAGAGUCCAUCACAGGGGCAUGUACUGUAGCCUACGUUCACACUGCAGCCUUUUCAGUACGUGCUACUAAAUCAGAUACAUACUUGCUGCUUGUCAAAGCAACCUCAGUCUAAACGGUCAKGUUGCAGCUGACAUUUACGUCAGUGAUGGAGGAUGAGCAGAUCGAUCCAGAUGUCUUCAGCACCUUUUACCUGGAUCACUUUGUUUUCAAAAUGUUGCUGAUUUUUUAAAAUAAAUUUUCUUUUACCUUU